ACUCACUCACACACUCUACCAUACACACACACACACACGCUCACACGCCCUCCAACCCUGCCAGCCGCCCCACAUCCAUCUUCACACUCUCCCGUUUAUAUUUAUUUAUUCCGCAAAAAAAAAAAAAAACACACGCUGGAAAAGGAACAGAAAAACAAGACAAAGAAGACCCCAAACCCACAAUAAGAAUUGUGCUUUAUUUCUGAAUGACGGGCGGCCGGUUCGAUUUCGACGAUGGCGGCACUUACUGCGGCGGCUGGGAGGGCGGGAAGGCGCACGGUCACGGCGUGUGCACGGGACCGCGCGGCCAGGGCGAGUACAGCGGCGCGUGGUCCUACGGCUUCGAGAUAGUCGGUGUGUACACGUGGCCCAGCGGCAACACGUACCGCGGCUACUGGGCGCACGGCAAGCGGCACGGGAUCGGCGUGGAGCGUAAGGGCCGCUGGGAGUACCGCGGCGAGUGGAGUCAUGGGUUCAAGGGCCGGUACGGAGUGCGCCAGACCCGGGAAUCACCCGCCAGGUAUGAUGGCACCUGGAAUAACGGACUGCAAGACGGAUACGGGGUGGAAACAUAUGAGGAUGGAGGUACGUAUCAAGGCCAGUGGAUGGGUGGGAUGCGUCACGGUUACGGCGUGAGACAGAGCGUCCCGUAUGGCAUUGCCAUGACCAUUCGCUCCCCUCUGCGAACUUCUAUGUCAUCCCUAAGAAGCAUGCAGAGCAACGGCGCUGUGCUGUUGCAGGAUGAGGCGGCUAACCUGCCAGCCAACGCAAGAGGUGGCUUCGUCUUAAAUGUUCAUGCCGUAAAGAAGAAACACCACUUGGUCCGGCGUGGGUCAUUGUUCGGGAGCCUUCGCCAGUUGCGGAAGUCCGAAUCGAAAAGUUCGAUUUCAAGCAAGCCCAGCUCGACGCGUAGUUCCGCCAUGAGCCGAAUCAGUUCAAGCGACGCCGAGGACGAGGAAAAGACCGACACCGAAGACAAUGUAGACACAGAAGACAAAAUGGAUGCCACAGUCACAGAGUCCUAUGCAGGCGAGUGGAAAAACGACAAGCGAAGCGGCUUUGGAGUGAGCGAACGCUCGGAUGGCACCAAAUACGAAGGGGAGUGGUUGAACAACAAGCGGCACGGAUACGGCUGCACCAUUUUACCUGACGGAACCCGGGAAGAAGGGAAGUACAAAAAUAACAUACUGGUCCGAGGGAUAAAGAAGCAGCUAAUUCCACUCAAAAAUCCCAAAACCAAAGAGAAAGUGGACAGAGCAGUGGAGGGAGCGAAGAGAGCGGCCAACAUCGCCAGAACCAAAGUGGAAAUUGCAGUGUCAAGGACAACCCACGCCAGAGCAAAGAGUGAAUCAGCAGACCAGGCUGCAGUUGCUGCUGACCAGGAGUCAGAUCUUGCAAGGUCUAUUGCAAGCGAAUUAGCUCCUGACUUCCAACAACCAGGCCUUGAGUACAUAAAGCAAAACUUCACUGAGCAUGUGGAGGAGAUUAAAGAGGCUCCACCACAGGAGGAGAAGAAGGAGGAGAAAGAGAAGUCUUCAUCAGGCAGUCCUUUUUAUCGCCGCGGCACGACUCCAUCACACUCGCCCACCCACAGCCCAUCACCCUCACCUAAAUCAUCAUCAACGAAAAAACAACAACAAGCAAGUGCUGGCCCGACAAGAAAAAUAAGCAAAGAAAGCACUAGCGCAAGCCGUAAAAUUAGCAGAGACAACAGUGCUCUAUCCCAUAAGAUUAGCAAAGAUGAAAGAGCCACCAUCGUAGCCGAAAUUAGCAAAGCUCCAGCCGUCAAAGAUACUGCACCACCCCCAAAGCCACCCAAACUCAACAAACCAUCAGUGAACGGCCAGUUGCACACUGCCUAUCAUAGCUAUUACGUGAAAACCCAAAAGUACAUCCCUCCACCUGAAGAACCGGAGGAGGAAGAUCGUGAAAUGACUCAGUCGAGUUUAGCUCGGCUGCCACCACCUACUAAGUUAGUGCCAUCACCCACGCCAAAACCAGAGACAAAGCUCAGGAAACAAGAAAGUAUAAAACCAAAGAGUCUCGCUGAAACCAAGAAAGCCAGUGUGGAGAUCCCAAACGAGGUGUUAGAAGACGGUACGGGUCCGAAUUCUAUUUUAGUUGCCAUGGUGAUGCUCUUGAAUAUUGGAUUGGCCAUCAUUUUUGUACACUUCUUGACAUGAUCGUGCUGUGUUUUAGUCAUGGAAAUAACACAGUGUUACAUGAAUCUGGCGCUGGUCCUUGGCCGUGGGAGCAACAGAGGAAGUUUUGGAAAAUAAGAACGCCUUUGGAGGACGACGUAACUUUUCACGGCUCGUUUCGCCGUGUGAAAGACUGACUGUUAUGGGGAGGAAAAAAAAAAGAGCAAAGCAAUGAGGAAUAAAAAACGAGAGAGGUGUGUGAGAGAGAGUUUAGGGUGUGCUGAUCCGAGCUGGCCGCACUGUGUGGAAACGUUCGGUACACUUUUAUAUGACAGGCACAAACAGCUGCCUCGUUUCUUUCCCGUCUGACGUGUUGGGUUCGGAGAUUUAUGCUCAGUGCCAGAGGAAUGUGUUCAGUGGUCUUUCCACGCUACUCAGAGAAAACUGAAUACACACACACACACACUCCACGGCCUCCAUCGUCAGUCCUAUAACAUUACACACUAUAGCGUCACUGUUACUGUGGGUAGGCAUGUGCUAAAAUCAAUACACUGUUUAAUCAUAUUGAAUAUAUCGCUUUUUAUGCAUCAUUUUUUCAAUUGAGUCCAUUUAAAAUUAAGGUAAUCAGUUCAUAUUUUCAAUUAUGCAAAGCAUUACACAACAUUGUGUUGAAUAUUGGGAUUAAAAAUAUCAUCAGCACAUGUCUAUCUGCAGGAACACGCCCUGUUUUACGGUAGCAUUCGAUUCAUUUUUCUCUGUUGUCCUCAUGCACUCAGUCGCAGACGUACUUCAGUUCUACUUUUAUUUUUUGCUUUAUAAAAAUUAAAAAAAAAGAGUUAAUGUAGAAAAUGUGCAAUAUGUUUUUUUUUUUUUUUAUGAUAAAUAUCACACAAUCUAUGGGCUUUUAGCCGACAGCUCACUUCCUUCCAUAAUUGAUCACAAAAGAAUAAAAGGAAAUGCAAACCGAUUUGACGAUGAGAUGAGGAUAAAGACGGAAAGGACUGGUUACUGUAAUAAGAAUCGCCAUGCGUACAGACACAUGGGUGAAUAUUGUUUACUAAAAUGUAAAGGAGGUGAAAAUGUUUAUGCUGUAUGUAUUUGUGACUUGAGCCUUGCUCACCGCGCAUGCAGUUUCUUCGAUUUACUGCGUUGACAUUCACGCGGACGACUAGGCGCAUGUCGAUAAUCGUCCCAAGUUUUAUAUCUCAGUGUACAUAAUAAUGAAUUAAAACGAUACCUACUAUUGUUUAAACUAUUGUUAAAAGCUUAUAAGGGAAUAAAAUAAAUAAGAAAUAAAAUGAACAAGAAUUUAGACACUAAAUGCAGCACGUCACAGUUUCAGUGCGAAGCGCAACAAGUAAAAACCGAUUAUCGGCACGUGCCUACGAGUGAGCGGUAAGGAAUAGAUAAAAAAAAAAAAAAAAAAAACUUGUUUUAGGUUUUAAAAAAAGUCUGAGCUUUGUUUGCAUGUUAGAAAACAGACUAUUUGAAAUUCUCUGUUCGGUGAUGAAUUAACCCCUUCAGACCUGUUUUAUGUGUGAAUUUAAAGAAUCAGCAAUUUUUUAUUUUGGUGCCAUCAAAUAUAAUCAUCAGCAAUCAAAAGAUGUACAUAAAUAAUGGGGUUCCCUUCAGAAUUAUGCAUAUUUUCUUUGUUUGUCUGACACAUGAAGCCAGCUCACCCACAUGUUUUUGCACUGCUGUGCGUGGUAUGACACAGAACAGCGUAAUACACUCGGAGGAUAAGAGCUGUCUGCCCUCUUCCACAUACUUGAACCUACAGACAUUCGGGAUUGGGAGAUACAUUUCUUUAGGCCCAAAGUUCAUCACUUUUUGAUUAGAAACUAUUAAAUCGAAACAUCGUUUUGAGAUUCAGCACUGAAUCGUUGCCUUAUCACUCGAAAAUAUGUUUGGCUUUAUCCAUUUAUACAUUUUAGACUAAAAUCCCUGUAUCAUGAUAUAGACACAGGGUGUGGAGGGGUUAAUUCAGGUAUGUGAUACAUUGAAUGACAGAUGUGUUGCAAAUUCAAGAGUCUUUAACUACUGUUUACCUCAGAGGAAUGCAAAAGAUGCAAAAAAAAGAAAAAGAAAAAAAGAAAGAAACAUGCCUUGUCUUAAUUCUUUAGUAAGAGAACACUACAUCGUGCCACUGUUUUGUUGCAUUAUUGCUGGCACAUAGUGGUGAUUUUAUUUUGGAUUUCAGAUUUCAUUACCAAGUCUGUGUGCAUUUCAAAGAAAGCUUAUUUAUUCUGUAAUGAGUAGUGCAUCGUUAUUAUUUCGAUAUUAUUUUAAAAGACAUGCGUGCACAAAGGGCUUGCAUAGGCUAUGCUGUAUUAGUUUUUCUUACUGCUUCGCUUAAAUGACUUCAAAUCCACUACGUUACCACCAUUAAGGCCAAUAUUUGAGUAAGGCGGUCUCUACAUGCACUACAGUCCAAACAAAUGUGCUGUUUUACUCAUUUGAGACUGGAAGGUCAAAUUCUUUUCUAGCGUUAUCGAGCAUCAUCUCUUCUACCAUGCUGUAUAUGCAACAUUUGUUUACUCGCAGUCGCUCGCUGGCAUGCAAUGCAGGGAUAUUGAAUAUAACUGUGCCUACUGAAUGUAAUUAUGUACCACUGAUGAUUAGGAGAAACCUUCAAUAUAUAUAAGCUUCAGAUGUUUUAGGGCAGUCAAACAGAAAUAUAAUGACGUGAUUAUUGUAUAAUAUAAAUUCUAUAGGUUUCCGAGAGAAAUAUCAGAAAGAUGGGUAUGCUACAAUUUUUUUUUUUUUUUUUUCGAAUCAAAUAUGUACAGAAAAUAACAGCUAUUUUUAUGAUGUUUGAAAUAUCUAAAAAAAAAAAUUAAGCAUUAUAUGGUACCUGUUUUGCCACUUUCCUUUUUUUUUUUUUUUUAAUUACAAUUUUUGUGAAUAUGUGUUAUGCAUUGUAAAUGGCCUGUGUUUAUGUUUUCCCAGUCGAUUUAUUAUUUUACGAACUAUUCAAAGGGCAGAAUUAUUUUUCUAAAAACUAACAGCUAUUGCACAAAGAAAACAUUUAUAAACAGCCGUUGGACUCUGUUUUUUACAAAGCUUAGUCCGUUACCCACGUUGGUAUUUUUCUAACGUUUUGCACAUUUAUUUAAUGGGUGAUUGACGUAAUAAUCA